CUUUGGAACAACAGCUAGCACUCAGAAGAUCUUCUGUUGAUGGGGAAAGAUGAGAGUUCUGCUCACUUUGCUUGUCUGUCUGAGAUAUGGUGUUUACACUGUCAGAGGCCAGCAGAGGACAGAUGUGUCUGGACAUGUGCUCCUGCAGCUGUAUUUUGAUCCUUUCUACAAUCAGUUGGAAAAAGCCUGCUGCAAGUCGUACUCGAGUGGGUGCCGUGUGUUUUUGAAUAACAGAGGAUAUGUCGAUAUUUUCUACAAGGAUAGAGUAUCUCUGAGAGAGUUUGAUGGGGGCAUGGAGGUGAGGAUAUGGAAUUUACAGAGAGGUGAUGCUGGUUAUUAUAGAUGCACUGUCAUUGGAACAGGGACCCUCAUCUACAAGGACACUUAUGUUGAAAUUCUUGACACAGUGGCCCGGCUAAGCCCACUUCCGCCUUCUCAACAGCCCUCCAACCAGCUCACAACUUCCAGAACUUUCUCCACCUCUGCUGUGGAGACAUCGGCUGUUCUCUCUGACGUUCAUGAAAAGCCUCGACUGACAUGGAGAGAGGGUUUGUUGGUGGGUGCAGGAUGCAGUUUGGUUCUGAUGACUGUCAUCUCUGUGGUAGUAGUAAUGACUGUGCUUCACCACAGGAAGAGACUGAAAGACAAAUAUAGCAGAAAGCAGGAUGACUCCACCGAUCCCAUGCUGUCUCACAGUGAAGAAGUGGCCCCAAUCAUCUACACUGUGGUUGACUUCAAGCCUUAUGAAGAAACCAGUGAGCUCUAUGCAAAUGUAUGUAUGCAUAGCCCAAGAACAACCAGGACCAAAACACCACUGGAACCCCUGGAUACAGUCGAAUAUUCCACUGUUGCCAGCAGUCUUUAACAGACUUUAAUUCACUAUAGAAACUCAUGCUUGGUACCGUGCUUCUUUUCAGAUGACAGUUGUGACAUUGUGAACGGAUGGUUCAUGUG